CGGUGGUCUUAGAAAAAUUCGAUCUUUUUUUUUUUUGGGCUGCUAUUCAACGUCGGAGUCGUCAUCUCUCAGGCAAAAGCUUUCCACAAUUCAGAUUUGUUGAGAGGAGGCGGGGGAGGUUCCGAAUCGGCGGUAAUGGCUUCGCGGCGGCGCAUGCUUCUCAAGGUCAUAAUCCUCGGUGACAGUGGGGUCGGGAAGACAUCACUUAUGAAUCAGUAUGUGAAUAAAAAAUUCAGUAAUCAGUACAAAGCAACAAUCGGGGCAGAUUUCCUGACUAAGGAGGUCCAGUUUGAGGACAGGCUCUUCACUUUGCAGAUAUGGGAUACUGCUGGCCAGGAAAGGUUUCAGAGCCUUGGGGUUGCUUUCUACCGAGGAGCUGACUGCUGCGUCCUUGUUUAUGAUGUGAACGUAAUGAAAUCGUUUGAAAAUCUUAACCACUGGAGGGAGGAAUUUCUGAUCCAGGCCAGCCCUUCGGACCCUGAAAACUUUCCAUUUGUCGUGUUGGGGAACAAGGUUGAUAUUGAUGGCGGCAACAGUCGAGUGGUAUCUGAGAAAAAGGCGAAAGCAUGGUGUGCCUCCAAGGGAAAUAUUCCUUACUUUGAAACUUCUGCAAAAGAAGGUUUCAAUGUUGAAGCUGCUUUCCAGUGUAUAGCCAAGAAUGCUCUCAAGAACGAACCGGAAGAAGAAAUUUACCUUCCUGAUACCAUUGAUGUGGCUGGCGGACAGCAGCAAAGAUCUUCGGGAUGUGAAUGCUAAAAGGAACUCUUGUUAUUUUUCGUAGAUUCUUUUUUUUUUUUGGUCUUUUAUUUAGUCGAGCAAGAGAGGAUGAUACAGUCGGGCAAGCGGUUAUUGCCUGUGUCACACUGCAUCACUUUACGCUCCACGGGUUGUUUUGGUGGAGGGAGGUGGAAUGUAAUAUUCGCAUAUUGCUAGAGGAAAGGGACAAACACUUUCAGUGUUUUUGAUGUUUUGAUUUCCGCAUUCUCUUUUGUACUCGCGCUAUCGUGUAAUUUUUCUGGAAAUCUUAUGGAGGAGAUUACUGGUUGUGCAGCGUC